CCCUCCCCAGAGGAAUUUCAAUGAUUUGCCAUUAGCAUUCAACUCCCGACAUGUUGUUGCAGCGACACACACACACACACACACACACAGAGAAUGUCGGGAGGUGAUGUGUGCUGAAUUAAGGCAUGUUGGCGAAGUUCAAGUUCCUUCUACUUGCAAUACUAAGGUCUGACAUGGGAGUCAUUUCCCGGAUACCUACACACACACAAAGUUAGCUUGAGAAUAACGAAGGAGCACUUUCAUCUUUCAUUCUGUGCAUGAAUUUGUGAAGAAAACACCAUGCGCUCAAGAGAUAGCAUCUUCAGAACCUGCCUUCGAGGGAUUUACAGUUGCUACUGGAAGCGUUCUAAAGACAGACAACAAAAAUGUGCAUGCUGCUGGUUCAGUUUUCUCUCUUUGGUGUCCAUUCUAGCCCUAGGCUGGAUGUAUAUCUGUUUUGUUGCUUACAAUGACCAGAAUGACGUCAACAGCCAGGCCUUUAAGAAGCUCAGAGUUUGGGUGAACUGGUACAUGAUUAUUAUUAUUCUGUCUGCAGUAUUGGCUACUUACUGCCUCCUGCUCCUGGUGUUUUCAUUGGUCCAUAUUUCCAUAAAAGAACCUUUGGCGUUACACUGCCUGCAUAAGGGUUUGUUGCUUGUUUGGCUGGUUAUCGUCAUGCUUGGCAUAGGUCUAAUGAGCUACGAGUGGAAAGAAGAAUGGUCCACUAUCCAUUUAUCACUGCAGGCCACAGCUCCUUUUCUGCAUUUGGGUGCUGUUGCUGCUUUGACCAUCAUCAGCUGGCUUGUGUUCCAGAGUUACUACAGAGCUAAGACAACUGUUUUGAAGAUCUUCAUAAUUGGAGUAUUCAUGGUGGUAUUGGUCAUGGUUUUCCUCAGUCCUCUCUUGAUUCAUAGUCCAUGUCUUACUGACACACUUCCGCCGAAACCCAGACUUGUGGGCCACCGGGGUGCACCAAUGCUGGCUCCAGAGAACACUAUCAUGUCAUUCAAUAAAAGUGUGGCAUGCGACGUGGCAGCCUUUGAGACAGACGUACAGCUGAGCAAGGACAAAGUUCCUUUUCUAAUGCAUGACACGGGUGAAAAAUUUCUGCAGAGGACAACUGAUGUGGACAACGUGUUUCCAGAUCAAAUGGACAACAUUAGCAGUGACUUCACAUGGGAUCAGCUAAAGACUUUAAAUGCAGGCAAAUGGUUUGUCAAGACAAACCCUUUUUGGUCAGUGCAUUUCCUUUCGGAGGAAGACAAGAAUCAUUCUUUAAAACAGAACGUGCCUUCCCUUAAAGAACUCCUAAAUUUUGCAAAAGAACGCAACAUCUCUUUAAUCUUUGACUUAAAUACUGGCAAACAGGAUGAAGAUGACUGCAAUAGCACCCAGCAAAAUUUGAAUGAUGAUGACUGCAAUAGCACAGUUAUGACCAUAUUGGAAUCUGGCAUCCAGCCAAACUUGAUAUGGUGGCUCCCUUCAAAGUGUAGACCAUAUGUUAAGAAGCACGCUCCAGGGUUCCGCCAGGUCUACAGAAGUUUAAAUUGUACAUCAUUUGAAGCUGAGAAGUUUCUUAAUGUGAAAUAUAAUGCCCUGAGUACCGAGGAGAUUAGUCAACACACAAGCAAUAAUGUGACUGUCAACCUGUGGGUGGUGAACGAGCGCUGGCUUUUCUCAUUACUGUGGUGUGCAGGGGCCAGCUCUGUGACCACUGACACAUGUCACAUCCUGAAAGACAUGACUCGGCCUGACUGGCAUCUGGCUCCUCAUGUGUACAGAAUUAUAUGGAUCACUGCUGAUGUAGUUUCAUUGGUGGUGAUAAUCAUACUGCUUUUUGUACAAGGGAAAGCAAGGAACCAGAUUUUUGUCCUGGAAUCAGAAAGAACCGUCCCCCUUCUGAACUUCUGAGCACAGAAGAAACAAUUAAUACAGCACCGUAGUGAAAAAAGGAGCAGUUUAAAUCAGAGAUGCAGAUGGGACUAAUGGAGCAAACGAAUGGCCUUCAGUUGAUGAAACGAUUACAUCUACUUCAGUCUCUGCAGCCUUCAGUACAGAACUAAAAACUUAAUCUUUGACAAACUAAAAAAGGGGAAAAUUGUUUUGAAUGAUUUAGUGCCUUUUUUUUUUACUAGUUGAGCUGUUCAUUGUAAUCAGUGUGUUAGAGCAGGGAAAUUACACUGGAUCAGAGCUGGGUACCUCUGUUUUAUGUAAUGAUCUCUUUUUCAGCAUAAUUUCUCAUGAUUUAAAAAUAUGGUGAUGAAAUUACUUAAGUUAAAACAUUCUUUCAUUUAAAUUCAGGAUGCAGUCACGAUAGUUGUCAAUUAUUUAAAACAAAGUCUGAUUUUAAAAUAGAUGUGGUUUUUUUGGGAACAGAUAAAUUUAAAGUUUCCUAUUUAAAAAAAAACUUGUAUAUUAUUCCCUUAUGACAAAAAGCAUUCCUGAAAAACAUGCCUUUUAUGUUUGAGAUGUACAGUACCAGUCAAAAGUUUGGACACACUUUCUAAUUCAGUGCUUUUUCUUUAUUUUUAUAAAGGCACUUCAUGUCUUAAAGUAAUGAUAGAUAUCGUUUCUCUUUACUUAGUUGAGCGUUUCUUAACAUAAUAGAUUAUUACAGUUGUGGAAUAGGGCUAUUUACUGGAUGUUUGUUUACUGUUUGAUCUCAAACGCAUUCAGAAGGCAAGAAAUUCCUCUAACUUUUGACGAGGUACACCUGUUAAUUGAAAAGCAUUCCAGGUGACUACCUCAUGAAGCUGGUUAAGAUAAUGGUAAUAGUGUGCAAAGCGUCAAGGUAAACGCUGGCUACUUUGAAGAACCUAAAAUAUGAAACUUUUUUUUGGGGGGGGGGUGAAACACUUUAUCACAUAAUUCCAUAUAUGUUAUUUCAUAGUUGAUGCCUUCAGUAUUUUUCUAAAAUACAAUAUUUUGUCGCCUCGCAGCAAGAAGGUCCGGGUUCGAGCCCCGUGGCCGGCGAGGGCCUUUCUGUGUGGAGUUUGCAUGUUCUCCCCGUGUCCGCGUGGGUUUCCUCCGGGUGCUCCGGUUUCCCCCACAGUCCAAGGACAUGCAGGUUAGGUUAACUGGUGACUCUAAAUUGACCAUAGGUGUGAAUGUCAGUGUGAAUGGUUGUCUGUGUCAGCCCUGUGAUGACCUGGCAACUUGUCCAGGGUGUACCCCGCCUUUCGCCUGUAGUCAGCUGGGAUAGGCUCCAGCUUGCCUGCGACCCUGUAGAACAGGAUAAAGCCGCUAGAGAUGAUGAGAUGAGACAAUAUUUUGUAUGUUUGUUAGUAUGUUUUUGCAUGUUAGUAAAGAAACCAGUCUAUUGUGUAAGAGACCACUUUUCAGACACAAACAAUACGUCUGGAUUUUGUUUGCAAAAAUAACAAGCAAGUGUGAGAGAAACUGUGGCUGGUUCUGCAAGAUGCUCAGUAAAACUUGCCAGAUAAUUUCCUCCUAAAAAUGCACAAACUGUACUUCUCUCUUUCACACACACACACACACACACACACACACUCUCUCUCUAAUAGGAAGAGGUAUUCCUAUUAAAGUGGAUAGUGAGUGUUUGUCUCAUUGUUUAUAAUACUAAUGAAGAGCCCAAAUACGGUUCUCAAAGAGCUUGGUAGUUGGUUGACCUCUACAUUAGCACUGUCUUAAUGGUACAGUAAGGAUGAAUGCUUUAAUUUUAAAUAAACAGUUCCACAGUGCAGAAAUUAGCUCCAGGUACAUAUAUAUCAAAUGUUACUGUACUGGGGUAGGUUUCCCAAAAGCCUCUUAAGACUAAGAGCAGCUUAACUAGGAGAGAGAGUGUUCAUUAUAAUGCUUGCUCGACCAUUUAACGAUGAUCUUUGUGCUACCGUACGAUGCUUUUGGGAAACCCGCCCCUGAUUGGUGAAACUCUGCCUGGUAAAAUAUAACACAAUGAGAGAAAACAAAGAUGGGACACACAAAAUAUAAAAUGUUUGAUAUUUCUAGGUGUCUUAUAAAAAGUAUUAUUAAUGACAUGUUUUCUUGUUUAUAAGAUUAGAAAUGAAGCAGCCAAUAUAACUGUUUCUGAAUAAAUACCCCAAAAGAUUCUGCGUUUCAGUGUCACAUUUGCGCCUGCUUACACUCAGGACUCCACUUCCCAGACCUCACAGUGGCCUUCAAAUAAGGCUGUCAUGGACUACAACAACCAUCCUGCACCUCACCACUCAUAGUCUCUGGAGUUCUAAUCACACAGACCUGUUCCUGAUUACAGCCACUAGCUCAACUACACCAAAUUAAGGACUUUAGUUCUCUAUAUUAGUUGCAAAGUAAAUGCUCAGUAUAUCCUUGCUUGAUUUUAUCAAGCCUUUGAUUAUUGUGCUGUUAUUCUGGUUUUGAUGUAGUGUGUGUUUUUUGGACUUUGCCUGUUGUUCUUGCCUCUGAUAUUCUGUUUGUACCUUGUCUGAUUAUUGCCUGUUUUUUUUUAAUUCUGCCUUCAACUUUGCAUCAUUAAAACUUUUCACUGCUUUUA